AUGAAGGUUACUCCCUCUCUACGGAACGCAGCCGUUGCCGGACCCUCAGCAGCUCUCCGAGAACGAGUUCGAAGGCCUGCAUACCUCAAGAAACUUGCGCAGCCCAGCGACCUCGCGCCGCUGUUCAAGAACGAUGACUAUAUCGGAUGGUCUGGGUUCACCGGUGUCGGUUAUCCCAAAGGCACUCCAACGGCGAUCGCGGACUACGUGGAGUCCAACAACUUGCAAGCCAAUCCAGAGACAAAAAAGAAAUUUAAUUUGUUUGUUGGUGCAUCGGUCGGGCCUGAAGUAGAAGACCGCUGGGCGCGUCUUGAUAUGAUCGCUCGCCGGUACCCACAUCAAGUCGGAAAAGACAUUGCAAAAGGUAUCAAUGACGGUCGAAUCAACUUCGCAGACAAGCAUCUUUCCAUGUUUCCACAGGAUUUGACGUAUGGGUACUACAGUCUGAAGAAGAAACACGGAGACCCCACAAAACCUCUUGAUUGGGCUAUCGUAGAGGCUACUGCAAUCGACGAGCAAGGACAUAUUGUGCCCGGUGCAUCUGUCGGAGCGACCCCCGAGAUCCUACAAUCUGCCGACAAAAUUAUCAUUGAAGUCAAUACACGUAUUCCCAACUUGGAAGGCCUUCAUGAUAUCAAUCAUUCUUGGAUUCCCCCUCACCGUCAGCCAUAUCUGAUUACGCAUCCCUCUGAUCGAAUUGGUACCACCGCAAUCCCAAUAGACACGGAGCGUGUCGUGGCAAUCGUGGAAAGUAACAAACCGGAUAACACUGGCGAGAAUUCUCCCGAGAAUGAAGAAUCCCGCGCCAUUGCUAGACAUCUCAUCGAGUUCCUCUCAGAUGAGGUCACCGCUGGAAGACUUCCCAAGUCCCUGCUUCCUCUUCAAUCCGGUAUCGGAAACGUAGCAAACUCCAUUAUCGGAGGUCUCGCCGAUGGUCCUUUCGAAAAAGUUCAAGUGUGGACUGAGGUGCUUCAAGAUACGUUCAUCCGCUUCUUCGAUUCUGGCAAAUUGGACUUUGCUACCGCAACCUCCAUUAAGUUCAGUCCUGGAGGCUUUGACUAUUUCUACAAGAACUGGGCGAACUACAAGGAUCGUUUACUUCUCCGUUCUCAACAAGUUGCUAACUCGCCCGAGUUGAUCCGGCGGUUGGGUGUCAUUGCUAUGAACACUCCUCUUGAAGUUGACAUUUACGCACACGCAAAUUCGACGAAUGCACUUGGUUCUCGAAUGCUCAACGGUCUCGGUGGUUCCGCCGACUUUUUGAGGAACGCCAAACUUUCCAUUAUGCACACGCCGUCGAGUCGACCUACCAAGAACGAUCCCACGGGUAUAAGCUGUAUCGUACCAUUCGCUUCACAUAUUGACCAAACCGAACACGACCUCGACAUUGUCGUCACUGAACAAGGGUUGGCUGACCUUCGUGGUCUUUCUCCACGCGAAAGGGCACCCCUUAUCAUCAAGCAAUGUGCCCAUCCCGAUUAUAAAGAUAUGUUGCUUGAUUACUAUGAGCGUUCUCUGCACGAGUGUAUGAAGAGAGGAGCAGGACAUGAGCCACACAUGUUGAGACACGCCUUCAAAUUCCAUACGAAUUUAAUGGAGAAGGGAACUAUGAAGAUCAAGUCGUGGGAUGAUUAG